UAUCUAUAUAAUCCCUUAUUCUCUGUUCAAAUUUCCAAAUUACAGCUACUUACCUCACUCUUCUCUCUUUGCUCUUCCAAUGGCCACCGCCACUUCUCUUUCCACGCUCUUCCUUCUCUUCCUCGCAACCGUCGCUCUUGUUGCUGCUCGCCGUGACCUCGUCGGAGACUUCCUCCGACUGCCGUCCGAUUCCGGUAACGAUGACAACGUCCAGGGGACGCGCUGGGCCAUCCUCUUCGCCGGUUCGAACGGCUAUUGGAACUACAGACAUCAGGCCGAUAUUUGUCAUGCCUAUCAAAUACUGAGGAAAGGUGGCCUGAAAGAAGAAAAUAUCAUUGUUUUUAUGUAUGAUGACAUUGCAUUCAAUUGGGACAAUCCAAGGCCUGGAGUCAUCAUUAACAAACCAGAUGGGGGUGAUGUUUAUGAAGGAGUUCCAAAGGAUUACACUGGCGAAGAUGCUACUGCUCAUAACUUUUAUGCUGCUUUACUUGGAGAUAAGUCGGCGCUUACCGGUGGCAGUGGGAAGGUUGUGAACAGUGGGCCCGAUGAUCGCAUAUUUAUAUUCUACUCUGAUCAUGGUGGUCCAGGGGUUCUCGGGACGCCUGCUGGUCCUUACAUAUAUGCAUCUGAUUUGGUUGAAGUAUUGAAGAAAAAGCAUGCUUCUGGAACGUAUAAAAACCUAGUAUUUUAUUUGGAGGCAUGUGAAGCUGGAAGUAUUUUUGAAGGUCUUCUUCCUGAAGAUAUCAAUAUUUAUGCAACAACGGCUUCGAAUGCCGAAGAAAGUAGUUGGGGAACAUAUUGUCCUGGGGAGUAUCCUAGUCCUCCCCCAGAAUAUUCAACCUGCUUGGGUGACCUGUACAGUGUUGCUUGGAUGGAAGACAGUGAUAGACACAAUUUGCGAACAGAAUCUUUACACCAACAAUAUAAAGUGGUUAAGGAUAGGACUCUAGCUGGAGGUUACUAUGGCUCUCACGUGAUGCAGUAUGGUGAUGUAGGGUUUAACAAGGAUAAUCUCUUCCUGUAUUUGGGUACAGAUCCUGCAAAUGAUAAUUUGACUUUCGUGGAUGAAAACUCCUUAUGGUCAUCUUCAACAGCAGUCAACCAAAGGGAUGCUGAUCUCGUCCAUUUUUGGCAUAAGUUCCGCAAAGCUCCGGAAGGUUCUCCUAAAAAAAAUGAAGCUCGGAAACAAGUUCUGGAAGUAAUGUCUCACAGAAUGCAUAUAGACGACAGUGUGAAACUUGUUGGAAAGCUUUUAUUUGGAUUUGAAAAGGCUCCUGAAGUACUGAAUGCUGUUAGACCGGCUGGAUCGGCACUUGUUGAUGACUGGGCCUGCCUGAAAACCAUGGUAAGGACUUUUGAGACACAUUGUGGAUCCUUGUCUCAGUAUGGGAUGAAACACAUGAGGUCCUUUGCAAACAUCUGCAAUGUAGGAAUAAAGAAGGAGCAAAUGGCUGAAGCCUCAGCACAAGCUUGUGUCACUAUUCCUGCCAGUUCCUGGAGUUCUCUGCAAAGGGGUUUCAGUGCAUAAUUCCUGUAAUGUUCACCGGUAAAGAUCAAAGCAUGAUUAUUGUUACAUUAUGUUAUGUGGUUGUACAUACAUAUCUUGUCCCGCCUCUGUAAAUGCAAUUGGGACACUACUAGGAGUCGGAAGAAGGAUCCAUAGUUCCAUAUAUUUUAGUUUGGCAUAUAUUGCUUGUGUUUGGAAACCUGUUGAGAAUGGAUGAAUCACGUUUGUAAUGUGAAAGUUACAACUACACUAGUUUCUGAAAAUCACAUCAGAAACGUGACAAAUCACAUUUGAAACGCUAAU